UUCCGUGAAACUGGACGUAAACAAAGAUGGUGGAUUGUGAAAAUACUACUCACACAGAAAACAAAAUGAAAAAAUUGGAAUUGUUGAAUAUAUUUCUCACCGAGAGAUUAACCACGGCUGCCAAUGAGAUAUUUGGGGCUGUGAAGGGUACGAUAGUUGAGUACCAGACAGAAAUCGUUCGUUCCAAGGAGGAGAACAAUCAUCUCCGAAAGCUGCUGGAUAUCGCUGUUCAGCGCGUUCUACUUCAAAAAGACUGUCAUACUAUCCAUCUCACCGAAGAUGCAUCUUCACCUGAGCAGCAGCAUCGUGAGCAGGCGUGGACCCCCGGUCUAGGCCAGGAGGACCCAGAACCCACACAGAUUAAAGAGGAACAGGAGCUCAGAAACAGUCCAGAGGACGAGCAGCUUCAAGGGCUGGAGUCUGAAACCAAAGGAGAAUCCAUAUAUACGCCUUCUUUUUUGAAAAGUAACUGUGAUCAGGACCCACCUCAGCCUUCACAUCUUCCCCAAACUGUGAACAACAGAGAAGGAGACUCUUUUGCCAGAACCAUAUCUAAUAAGCAUAUCAAAAUAGAGAAUGAAGGAGAAGGCUACAGCACAUUAGAACCAACCAGUGACUUACAGCACGUCUUCACCGUGAAUUCAGACUGUCUUGCAGCUCGGAGUGAAAACAGUGCCCAACCCAAUAUCAACAAUAGAAUUCAGAGAGGACUCUCAGAAUAUGAGGCCCCACAGCCACAGGGAACAUAUGAAAGAGAAAGUAUUGGUCUACACAUACACGUUAGAGACCAGAACACCACCAAGCUGCCUCAACAAAGAUCCCCCUAUCAAGCCCAAGGUAUACAGAGAGUGUAUCCUUGCCGGGAGUGUGGGAAGUGCUUCAAUUUCUCUUGUCAGUUAGAAGUCCACAUGCGAUGGCACAGCAAGGAAAGACCAUUCAGCUGCUCUGUGUGCCGAAAAAGCUUCACCACCAUCAGCCUGUUGAGGAGACACCACCGCAUUCACACUGGAGAGAAACCCUACCGCUGUCACAUCUGUGGGAAAUGUUUCAAUCAGUCGGCUCACCUGAACACCCACUUUAAAAUUCACCCAGGGGAGAGACCACACAGCUGGAAAAUGGCUCAGUCAAAACGUGGGGCUGGGCUGGAUGAUUAGCCUAUUAGGGUCUUGCCAUAGUUAUCCUUAUCCCUAAUGAUAAUAAUAAAUGGGACUUUAAGCACCUUUCAAAAACCAUAAGAACACUGCACACCAAAGAGUAUAAAACAAGACAAUAAAAUGAAUAAAAGCUACUUAUCUUAGGCUAGGGCUGAGUAAGGGUGAGCUAAGCUUAGGUGAAUGCAAGACUAAACAAGUAGGCUUUGAUAUUGUUUUUGAAAAUGGUGAUGGAGUCUGAAUUGCAGGUGGCUUGGGGGGGAGAGACUUCCAGAGUUUGGGGGCAGCGGUGCUAAAUGCUUUUUUAGCAACCAAGAAAUGGCGGAGCGAUUUCUGCAUAGUGCAUCUUUAACUGUUUUAAUAAAUAAUUGGUCUGUUUCAAGUCAGGAUGACUAUUUGUGCAAUCUUCUACCAUCCAGGCAGCAGCAAUAUGUGUGGGUGUAGUACCAUGUCAAGUAUGUACUGUGGUGGCGUCUUCUGUAUAUAAGAAUCUCACUUUUACACUAUUCGUACUAUUACCAAAAGUCCUACCC